CAAAAGACUCAGUCUUCUACUGCGAAAAGGACGCCGAGCCCCACACAACUAAACGUUCACCGCACUUUGAGGAAAAGACCAAUAAACAUGAGCGGCCAUCAUUUUAAAUUCGCAGAGCAUGAAAACUUCUGCUCAGCUCUUAAGAAUGGCUAUCUACCAACAGUUCAAGACCACUUAAGCAAACCGGGAUCAGAAGUGAAUAUGAAUGUAGAUGCUGGACGUAACCCCUUACACAUCGCAACAGAAGCUGGCCGCACAAACAUCAUGCAUUACUUACUAAGGAACGGAGCCAAUCCUCUGGCCGAGGACGAUACGGGCGAGACACCCCUAUUUAUUGCUAUUAGCUCUGGUAAUAAAGAGAUUGUCAAGAUACUGUUGGACUAUGGCGCUGACCCAACAGGAAGGUCCCCUGAUGACGAGACAUAUGUCGAAAUUUCGAAAGAAAAUCCUGAGAUUCAAGACAUGAUCAAAAAAGCUAUAAAAGAGUGGUAAACCUUUCUUAGCUUACAAAGAUCAUCGACCAAAAAAUACAUCUUCUAUUUACAAGAAGCUUUAACAAGAACAUCAAAUACACCAAAACUAUGAAUGUUGAUUUAAAAUCGCUUUAGGCGCACUUUAGCGAUGAGUGCUCGUUUUAAAUUCGUUUGAGGUCCCGUAUAACCCUGAAUGCUUUGCGCGCAUCUUCAUGAAAUUGUGUAUACAAAAUCUUUUGACUGCUAUUUGAGGCUAUGGAGUGGUUGAUUAUAAAAUACCCUGCAUAAAACUUGCUGAGCUUUUGAUAAAUAAACGCAGAUCACCACAAGCAACUAAAGCUUUAAAGCCUUCUAUGGGUAAACCAACCAAUCAAAAACAAGCACUUUUUUCAAUACAAAAAAAAACGCUUGCAAAGCACCCAGGGUAAUACUGGCUCUUUAAAAUUUUAAAUGUAUGAGACUUUGAGUGAGCUUAUAUUUCCGGAAAAGGAUGUUAGUGAGAAUAAAAUUGGAAAUUGUUGAUUAGAGAGCAA